AUGCCAUCCAAGGGGCCUCUGCAGUCUGUGCAGGUCUUCGGACGCAAGAAGACCGCCACAGCCGUGGCGCACUGCAAACGGGGCAACGGCCUCAUAAAGGUGAACGGACGGCCCCUGGAGAUGAUCGAGCCGCGCACGCUUCAAUACAAGCUGCUGGAACCUGUUCUGCUUCUUGGGAAGGAGCGAUUUGCUGGCGUGGACAUCCGAGUCCGUGUGAAGGGUGGUGGUCAUGUGGCCCAGAUUUAUGCAAUCCGUCAGUCCAUUUCCAAAGCCCUGGUGGCCUACUACCAGAAAUAUGUGGAUGAAGCUUCCAAGAAGGAAAUCAAAGACAUCCUUAUCCAGUAUGACCGGACCCUGCUGGUAGCUGAUCCUCGUCGCUGUGAAUCCAAAAAGUUUGGUGGUCCUGGUGCCCGUGCUCGCUACCAGAAAUCUUACCGAUGA